AUGGCAUGUCGAUCCCCACGCGGACAUACGCUUCUUCAUGUGCCUGGCUGGCUCUUGAUCUCCUCCGUGCUGUUUUGCGGCGUACUUCUCUGUGCAUUUUGGACGCUGAAAGACUGCUACUCCAUAUGUUCUCUCGUGUCUGCCGCGUCGCCGUUUCCGCGGCUCUACAAGGUGCGUCUGGGCUCGAUGUCAGGACAGCCUCAGCCGCGAGAGGUGGAGCGCCGCUCUCGCGCGGACGGUGCGUCUUCAGCUUUUGCGCGAGCGCCUCUCCUCGCGGAGGCGGAGGAACUCUCGUGGCAGUACUUGGCUGAGGGAGGCGUUCACGUUGUGUUUCGCUACGCGGGCAAAGAUCCGCGGCUCCAGGGCAAAGUUCUCAAGCUCCGCAAGCGGCCGCAUGCAGUCCGCUGGCAGCUCAUCGAGGAAUUCUGUCGGCUCGUGGAAGAUCUGUGUCGGAACGCCGACGAACCCAUGGAACGGGCUGAUGCCGCACCCGGCGCGGCCGCAGUACGCCAGAUUCAACUUGACACCCAACGCCAAAGGUCACCUCAAGGAACGCACGGGUCGCCUCCUUGGUCUCGUCUGUGCUGUGUUUUUCCAUCUCCACCCUCGUGUUCAGAGUCGUCCUCGUUCUUCCCGCGCGGCGCCGCCACCGGAGCCUCGCGCGCGUCCUUCACGCGGCUCCCUGCGUCGCUCGUGCCCUGUUGCCGCGCACCACGUCUCUACGGGUUGAUUGCUUCGCGCUUUCUUGCGCCGCAGUCUCUCGCGCUCCUGCCCCCUCGCGUCGCGCAGACGCUGCUCGCUUCCUCGCGGAGACUGUUCAAAGCGGAACCGAGCUCAGGCAUGGCGUCGCCGUCGCCAGGACGCGGCGACAACGUAAGCUCGGAGCGCCAGGCCGCACCGGAGAAGCAAGGCGAGUCGCGCGCGCGGAGACCGAGCCUAGGGGCGCUCGGCCGUGAGGAGCGAGGCGCAGGAGGUGAAGGCCAGAACGGACAGUCUCCUGAGCCGGGUGAGCCACCCAAAGCGCGUGCGCCCAAGUCUGAAGUUGAGAGCGAGUCUGAGACACGCGACGACGGCGAUGAGCUCGUGCCGUGCGUGUUGGAAGAAGAUUUUGUAACGGUGCCCCCCCCUAUGCUGACGGCAUGCGGCGCUUCUCCAUUCGAAGCUCGAAACGCACCAAAGAGCCUGGAAAGCAAGCGGGAGGGCGAAACCAGCACAGCAGAACGCAAGCUCUGUACGCUGUCGCUUGCCAACAUCCAGAGGCACGCGGCGUCAGAGAUGCCGCACGGAGAGCAUGAACUGACGCCGCGUUCCGUGCACGUACCGCCGUCGAGCUUCCUAUACUUCAGCGUCGAGUUGAAACCCAAAUGUGGCCUCUUCGAAGACAACCAGUCAUUGGAGAGCUCGUCCGACGAUGACAGCGUAUUUGAAGCGUCACACAGCACCCAUCGGCACUUUUCCGAGUCGCACAAGGGCGGCCAGAAGAGAGCCCAGACGGGGUCGCAUCGCAGCCGCCCCGCUUCGCCUCACCGUCCGGAAUCGCCGGACGCAUCGUCGUCUUCCUUCGCGGCCUCUUCUCAUUCUCCGUGCGAGAGGGCCGCGAGGAGAAAGGAACAGAGGAAAUUGGCGCUCCCUAGCCGGUUCACCAUGCAACAGUUUUUCAAGCUCUCGCGCGGGCUUGUGCCUGCCUGCUCGAAGUUCGAUCCGCCACGCCUGUUCAGGUGCACGUACGCCGCGUUUCGCGAAGAAAUCGGGCAUCUGGCGGCAGCGCCCCAGAACAACUUUGCUGCGUUUCUCAACGGACGCGCCGUUUCGCCGGCGCUCUUUGGCCAUAGACCUCUUCGCGUGUACUUUCCUCAGGCAGACGAGGCGCCCGAUGAGAGGAAGACAAAGGACCAGAGGGGCGGGGCUGGAGGGCAGACACAGAAAUUGGAAGAGACUGGAGUCCACGGGAGACGGGCUGAAAGUGCGACAGAUGGACACACUGGUGAAGGCGCGGAACCCCUGAGGGCACUGGACGCCCGCGACCUUCUCGCGUCUGUCUGGGAAGAUGGGCGAGAUUUAUUUGAAACGAUUUUGCUUCUUCAAGCCUUCGCGUCUUCCCAACAGAGCGUGGCUCUCUCACUCUCGACAGAACUGAAGAGGGUGACGGCGCACCUGCAUGAGUCUCUGAGAGAGCGGUUUCUUUUGUCGUCGGUUGAUACGUAUUGCGAAGCAGUUGCACGGGGUCUCGAGUUGCUCCUCGAGUCUGGUUCCGCGCCAGAGCCGCCAGACGCUUCCCCAGCUCCGUCCGCGUGGCGCUCUUUCGGCGACGGCGUUUCGUCGUCCUCCUCUCAUCCGUCAAUCACUCUUGCCUCUGCACGCGCAGCGGCGUGCCCGCCCGGCCUGCUCGAGCGCAUUUCCCGGUUUGCCUCUGCUUCGGAGGCCGCGCAGGAGCUCCAGCGCGCUAACGUAACAGAAGGGCGUCGCCUUCUAGCUCUGCUUCAAGAUUUUGCUGACGGGGCUGCGGCCGCCGAGCUGUCCGAGGUCCCCGCGCGCCCUUUCGGUCCUCUGAAAGAAGAGAGCAAGCCCGAAGGGGAAGGCCGUUCCUCUGCCGCGCUUCAUCACUCCGGAGAUGCACGGCACGCGUCGUCCUGUUCAAGCGAACAGACCAUAGAAGCGAGUUUUCUUUGGUUGACGCGUUAUCUGGUCGGCCGAGCGUUCAUGGAUGCAAGCAUCAUGACAAACAUUCUGGUCGUAGGGAGGGCAGGUGAGUUUAUCGGACUCCACAGCAGGCCCGCAGACGAAUCGACGGCGACGGCUCGGGGAGAGGCGGAGAACAACACGCACGACGCCGCCGAGAAAGCAGGCCAGUCGGCGGCGGAGAAGAUUCUCUUCUCGGAUUCCCACGGUUCCCUCUCUCUGCAUCGAUUCCGGCGCCUGGCGCGAGUGCCGUUCCGACAGCACCCGCGCGACUUCUCCGCUCCCUCGCCGGUUGCUCCGUGGCCUCUUUUUCCUACGGUUGGGGGCGAGACCCCGGAGAGGCUUUUCUCUAGUACAGACGAGCGAGGAGACAGCUCGUUGAGCAAUUCAGCGCGGGAGAGAGGUGAAGUUCAUCCUGAACGCAUGAAGAAGGCCGCAGGCCCGCAGUGCGAAGGAGAAGCGGUAAAGGGAAAACGGGCGGAACGGCCAAGCGGAGCUGGGCUCACAGAACAACAGAGGAGCUCGGGUCAGGCGGUGUUCCAGGAUGCUUCACAGGCGUUGCCUGCCGCGGCGCAGCAGACGGCACAGAGAGCUGCAGGCGCUGCAAAGAAGGAAAGAAUCUCGCCGAUGGGGAACGAUAAUGCCCGGUCGCCAACAGUCUGCUACCGGCUUUCGCUUGUUGACGUUGAUUUCAAGUCCGAUUCACGUAUCGCAGCGUAA